AUGCCAACAUGGAGCCUUGGCAAUGACGGGUUCUCUCUCUGCAACAAUAACACGACGGACAAAAACUGCGAGGACGGUGUAUUUCGAAAGCUCUUAAUAUAUUUCAUGAUAAUAGACGGUGUAGUGAGAAGCGUGGUUCUCUGCUCAACUCUCCUGUGUAUCUGGACUGUAUCAAUGGUGUCGUUAAGCAGCAGAGCGCUGGUCUCUGAUAAUGACCUCUUUAGGGACAGUGUUCGUCUGAUCUCCCUGGAGCUUGAGGAGGGAGAAGGCAGUGAGGGGAGGAGCGAGGGGGAUAGCUUUGCCUCCGGUUACAGCCCAGAUGCUGGGGACAUUGGUGCUCGGCUCAGCUUCAGCCCUGGAGAGGAGGAAGAGGAGGAUGAUUUUACCCCCAUAGAGCGGGAUAGGGAGAAGCGAGAAGAAGGCAUGCUGCAGGACCCCAGGCUGCCUGACUUCAGCCCCCGCCUGCCCUCGCCCUUCUCUCCCACCCUUGAGGACAUCGAGGAGUUCCUCAGGGAGAAGAUGGAGCUAGUGAGAGAGGGGAUUCUCUUCUCUAGUGAACCCAUGGAGGAGCCUGCUCCCUCCCCUUCCAGCUCCAUUGAACAUACUCUCUCCUCCCCAGGAGGACAAAGUGACCCAGGGACCAGCGCUGCCCUGUCACCCCCCAACCCACAAACCCCCAACAUCCCUCACAUCCACAGCCCAGCAGCCCCGUGCCCCUCCCCGUCCUCCUCCAACCCCUCAGUGCUCCUGGGAGCACCCUUGGUACUCCAGGUCCAGUCGCUGCCGCUGGCCCAGCCUCUCCCCCAGACAGGCUCUACUCCUGGGCCGUCCAGUGGGCUGAGACUGGCCCACCUGGUCUUGGGGCUCCACGGAGGGCAGAACUUUACCCUGCUUGCCUCACAGGUGCCCUCUGCCCCAGCCACCCUUCUCAACGUAGCCAGCAUGGACGCCGGAGUUCCAGACCAGAAGUACGUGAAGAUUGCCCCUCUACCAAUCACCGUGAGGAUUGCCGGGGGGCUUGCUGGGGCAUCGGUGGUUGGGGGUCACAGUGGAGGGGCCGUGGUGAAAGCUGUGGCCCCACAUAAGGUGAACAGACCCCCUCCUACAGAGACGCUGAGGGUGCACAAGUGUUCUCAUCCAGGCUGUGAGAAGAUGUACACCAAGAGCAGCCAUCUGAAGGCCCACUUCCGCAGACACACCGGAGAGAAGCCCUACACCUGCAGCUGGCCUGACUGUGGCUGGAGGUUCUCUCGUUCUGAUGAGCUGUCUCGUCACCGGCGCUCCCACUCCGGGGUCAAGCCUUACGAGUGCUCUCUGUGUGAGAAGAAGUUUGCCCGCAGCGACCACCUCUCCAAACACACCAAGGUGCACCGCAGCCCCCGGCCUGGCAAAAACAUCAGAACUACCGUCUGACCCAGCCAGCCUAGUCUGGAUCCUGAUGUCACCCACCUACCUUCACUCACCCUUAACCCUGUUACAGCACUUGACCAGGACGGCAGAAUUAUAAGAACCUGCAUCCAGAAUUCAGAGCAGCCUGGUCCCCUACCUUUACCCUGGCUGCGCUUGCCCAGCCCAACCCGGCUCAGUACAAUCUCAACCUCACCACGGGCUGACAGACUCAUGAGACUCAUCCACCCAGCCCUACCCCGGGGAGGCCUUGCCAGAGAGUCUGGGUCCUCAUCAGGACUCUGGUGCUAUAGAAGCAGUCCUGGGCCAGAAUGUAGGGCAGAGUUUCCCAAACUUGGUCCUGGGGCCCCACCUGGGUGCCCGUUUUGGUUUUUGCCCUACACAGCUGAUUAUAAUAAUCAAAGCUUGAUGAUGAGUUGGUUAGUUUAAUCAGCUGUGUAGUAAUAGGGCAAUAACCAAAAUGUGCACCCAGAGGGGCCCCCAGGACCCUGGAAUAGGGCACUGAAUCUGAUUCGGACCCUAACCGGCCUCUGCCGCCUCCCCUCCCUCCUGCAACCGGAGCAGAUGAGGGCUUGUCCUGGUGCUACACAGUGAGCUAACAGGUAACGGCCAUUUCAGGGAUGUGAUUGUUCAGCUUGAAGAAGUUCACUUUAUUUGAACCAAAUCUGUAUUUUGAUUGUAAAUGGCAUGUUGUAAAAGUGCCCAGACACAUGAUACUGUGUCAUUCUAAACUUUAUCCGCAAUGUUAUAUUCAAUUUUGUGCGACUGAAGCGGUUUCCCCUCUGCAGAUGUGCUGCUUCUCCGUGUGAUUGAUCAUGUUUAACUGCAGAACGAGCACGAGGAAGUAUAUCGCUGGUGGUGUAAGUUUCUCAAAAACAAUUGAUUGUAAAAAAAGUGUCUGGGUAAUUCUAUAACAUGCUAUUUACACUACAGUUCAGAAGUUUGGGGUCACUUAAAUUUCCUUGUUUUAGAAGACAAUCGCAUUUUUUUUUUUUGUCCAUUUUAAAAUAACAUCAAAUUGAUCAGAAAUACAGUGUAGACAUUGUUAAUGUUGUAAAUUACUAUUGUAGCUGGAAACGGCAGAUUUUAUUUUAAUGGAAUAUCUACAUAGGCUUACAGAGACCCCUUAUCAGCAACCAUCACUCCUGUGUUCCAAUGGCAUGUUGUGUUAGCGAAUCCAAGUUAUAAUUUUAAAAGGCUAAUUGAUCAUUAGAAAACCCCUUUGCAAUUAUGUUAGCACAGCUGAAAAAUCUUGUCACGAUUAAAGAAGCAAUAAAACUGGCCUUUAGACCAGUUGAGUAUCUGGAGCAUCAACAUUUUGUGGAUUCGAUUACAGGCUCAAAAUGGCCAGAAACAAAGCACUUUCUUCUGAAACUCGUCAAGUCUAUUCUUGUUCUGAGAAAUGAAGGCUAUUCCAUGCGAGAAGUUGCCAAGAAACUGAAGAUCUCAUACAAUGCUGUGUACUACUCCCUUCACAGAACAGCGCAAACGGGCUCUAGCCAGAAUAGAAAGAGGAGUGGGAGUCCUCAACUGUCAGCUUCAUUAAAUAGUACCCGCUAAUGAUCAAUUAGCCUUUUAAAAUAAUAAACUUGGAUAAGCUAACACAAUGUGCCAUUGGAACACAGGAGUGAUGGUUGCUGAUAAGGGGUCUCUGUAAGCCUAUGUAGAUAUUCCAUAAAAAAAUCAGCUGUUUCCAGCUACAAUAGUCAUUUAUAACAUUAACAAUGUUGACACUGUAUUUCUGAUCAAUUUGAUGUUAUUUUAAUGUACAAAAAAAGUUUCUUUCAAAAACAAGGAAAUGUGUAAGUGACCCCAAACUUUUGAAUGGUAGUGUACAUACAGAUUUGGUUAAAUAAAGUGAACUUCUCCUUUAAAGCGGAUUUCAGGCCUUUAGGCUAAAUCGCAUCCUGCUCAGCCCCCCCCCCCCCGCCAUACAUAUACACACACUUCGUUACCCUGAGCAGAUAACAAAUUUGUGACAGGCAGUUGCUCACUGUAUAACUGUUUUAAAUGUAAUUUAAUUGUGUUUAAAACCCUAUAUUGUCACACAUUCUAUUCUACAUAUUUUAUUGUUCUAUGAAUCUGCUUCAUGAGUUACUCUCUCUUCAAAACAGUUUGAGGGAAAUGCACCGUAAAUAACCCAGCUCAUUCUAGCCUGUAAUCUGUGCUAUUAGCCCAGAUGAAAGUACUGUGUUGAUAUGUGAGUUUAGAGAUUCGCUCAGAGAACAGGUGAUGAGUCUAAAUAUCCCCUCCCGCUCCCCACGGUGCUAAACUUCUGUCCCAGUCACAUCCCUACCUGACCCUACAAGGGCCAAUCCAGUAGUUUUACCACCGCUUCCCUGACCUUGUGCCUCCUUCCACUCCACUAAAGACCUCGGGGGUGCAGACUGGUGUCUGUUGGUUUUCACCAUGGUACUUCACUGUUCCAUUAUGUAAUAACUGGUUCGUUAAGAGUCCACUCACACCCACCUGGUUUGCAUCAGAUGCUGAUUGAAGGGUAAGAGAGACUGAGUGAAAACCAGCAGAAAUCAUAGCCCUACUGGUCCAUGCUCUUAAACGACUGGAAUGAGUUAAAAAACUAUAUAUAUAUUGCCAAACCUAAAGUCCUAUUUGACUUUUGUCACCUUUUUGGCCUAUCUGCUCACACACUGUAUGAUGUAGAACCUAUAAGCUAUUUUACUUUAUUUCUAUGUCUUUAAAAUCAAUGUUGAAAUUACAAAAGUGACUCGGCUUUACAAUGCAAAGUAACCACUUUUGUAAGGAACUGCUUAGUCAUUUACAGUACUAGAGGUUAGUAUGUUAGGCCAGCAAGCAAAGCUAAUCAUUUACAGUAUAGUAGCCUACUGUACCUGAAAAGAGCAGCUGAUCUUUGUCCAAUCUGUAUCUGUCAUAUCACAUUUACAUGUACAGAACAUGUAGGAGCUCCUAUCCCGAGACCCCCC